AUGUCUCAGCAAGCACUCAACAAGAUUGCCCCCAACAGCCCCUCGCGGCAAAAGCCAUCUGAGAUUGAAUCGAGUAUUGCCACGGCGUUGUACGACUUGGAAACUUCUGUUCCGGACAUGCGCGGUGCAUUGAGACCGCUGCAAUUCGUCUCUGCGCGCGAGAUUGAGGUCGGCCACGGCAGGAAAGCCAUCGUCAUUUUUGUGCCGGUCCCGCUACUCGUGGGCUGGCAUCGGUCACAGCAACGCCUCACCCGCGAGCUCGAGAAGAAGUUCUCCGACCGCCACGUCCUCAUCAUCGCCUCGCGCCGCAUUCUCCCGCGCCCAAAGCGCAGCAACCGCAGCCGGACUACCCAGACUCAGAAGCGCCCCCGUUCGCGCACACUUACCGCCGUCCAUGAUGCCAUCCUUGCCGACCUCGUCUACCCGGUCGAGAUUGUCGGCAAGCGCGUGCGCACGCGCGAGGACGGCAGCAAGAUUCUGAAAAUCGUUCUCGACGAGAAGGAGAGGGGUGGCGUUGACUACAAGCUUGACACGUACAGCGAGGUCUACAAACGGCUAACUGGCAAGGGCGUGAACUUCGAGUUCCCGCAGAGUGCAACGGAUUACUGAAGGACGAGGGUGGAGUUAGAGUUGAGGUUACACCGCUUGCAAAAGCGAUCAUCAGCUCAAAGCGCAGAUACUCCUGGCGAAGUAUAGACUACGUUUUGCUGGCACAUUGGCGCCGUCAGCACGAGGCCACAAUGCAACAGGCAGGAACGAGUUGCAAGAGGUGGCUUCGUGCUUCAGCAUUGAGAGUCAAUGAUUUAACAAGUCUGCUCUACCAUAUCUGUCCACUCAUGUGCGUGUUGGUCAGAUUCACAUUUUAGCCUCAUUCCUCACGAUCACCGUCGCAAAAUUGCUCCGUAAGCGGCACGUUCCGGGGUAUUUAGUAUAAACCGCAAGAUUGUCUCUACAUUGUUGAAGUCCGAGC